AUGGCUGCCACCGCCGCCUCCCCUCCCCUCCCCCCCCGCCCACCGGGCGCGCGCAAGGCACUCCGGGAGAAAGGGGAGGGGAGCGGGGGGGAGCGCUCACCGAGGUGCGGCUCCUCUCAGUGGCUUCCGUCGCUUCUCCCGCGCUCCAGGCGCCGGCCGGCGGGGGCUCUGCGCGUGCGCACGCUCUCCGCGCCCGCGCGUUUCGGCCGGCCCCCGGGCAUGCGCACCCCCGCCCUCACCUUGCGGGCUGGCGGCUGGCGGCUGGCGGCUGGCGCUGGGCUCGGCGGCGGCGGGUGGGGACGCGCGCCCGGGCUGGGGCGGCGCAGGCGUGCUGUCGCCGAGCGCCGCGUCCGCCUCUGUGUCCCGCGUGGGGCCUCGGCUUCCGAAUUCGCUCGCCCUCCGCUUCCUCCCUGGGAGCUCAUUGUUCUCCGCCAACCGCGUGUGCGGGUGUCGUCGCCUCUGGGGCGCGGGCACCCGCAGGAGCCGGACGGUCAUCCAGGCCCGUGGGGCUCAUCCUCGCCCUGUCCCCGCAGCCAGGCGAUGGACACGCAUUUGGGGUGCAAAAGCGAGCCCCUUGCGUGGACUGUCAUUCUGGCGGUCGCGUCGCCGGCCGGUGGAGCCAGUGCUCGGCCCGGCCCGGGGGAACACAAAGGACCCGGGCGUCCUCCCGGGCUGGGGAUGCUUCGCCCAGCGCACCGCGCCGCCGCCCUGGCUCGGGGACCUGGUCGUGGGGACCCCAGGCUCGACCCCCGACCCGGAGUCUGCCCCUGUCGCACAGCCCUACAUCGAUUUACCUACAAGGAAAGAAUGCAUUCCUCAGCUACUGUAAAUAUCAGCUCCAAACUUUGCAGUGCUGAGAUUGAGAUUCUGCAAAUGACACUUCUUCGCCAGUGGGCGACCUGGGAAACUUCGUCAAUAGCGGGCUCCUGGAAAGAGAUGACAAGGAGUAAGCUCCAUGAAGGCAGGGGCUUUGUUGUACUCUCAGCUGGUCCCCAGCUCCUCAGGAGGCUCCUGACACAGAAGAGGCCAGGGCAUAUUUGUACAAGAUACUUCUGAGAAAACACAGACCUGCUGCAGGGCUGGCCAGAGCCUUUGCAGAGUCUGGACGCGGGGUCAUGACUGAACAUCUGUUCCCCAGGCAGGGAAAGCCGGCAAGACCAGGAAGAGCAAGUCACAGACAGUGACACAAGCCCCGCUGGCCUCUGGGCUCAGCCCACCUCAUGACCUACAGGACCUUCCUACAGGUUUAAGGGUCCCCAAAGACUCAGAAGUCUGGAAAGGGAAAGUCUGGCAUGGAAAGGGAACAUGUUUACACAUUAAUAAAUGCUCACCAGAGGGUCUCA